UAGAAUGAGAUAGGAACGCAUCUAAUCAGAGUUGUCCAGGCAGCGGUAUUCGUCACAUCGUAGUCUCCAUGCCUCCACUACAACUUUUAAACUGGGAUUAAUUCACCCAAGCAUCACAGACUGGAUGGUGCACGGAUCUCCACGCUGCGUUUAUCUAGCCUAUCUGCUGAGAGCGACUUCAGUGAAUUGUCUUAUGUUGAGAGGAAACGUUUAUUGAGUCAUGUCAUUGGGAAAACAUUCACCCUUUUUAGGCUGAAUUUUGAGAUUUGCAUCUGUAAUACUUUUUAGUCACAACAUUGACAAGUUCCUGAAUGGAGAAUAAGGCCAUGUACCUGAGUACAUAUGAAGAGAGGGAGAACGGAUCCUUCUAUGAGGAGGGCUACGAUGGCAGGAACCUAUCAAAGCUCAACCUGUGUGAAGACGCCUGCUCUGCCAAGAGGAGAAGAAAGUCAGACAAUUGCUGCAGCCACCUGAACUCCCUGUCUGCCAUCAAGUAUGCUAUCGUGUCUCUAUACAUCCUGGUACUCCUGAGCAUCUUUGGCCUCUGUUUAGCAGUGUCCAGGUCCCAGAUGUCCUCAGAGAAGCAGGAGGCACUGAUGGAGAACAUGACCCAUAUGGGGGACCACUCCCGGGAGCUCCAGCAGUCCCUGGGCGACAUCUCCUCUCAGGCAGACCUCCUGGAGAAAAUCUGGAAGCUGGAGAGCCUGUUCCAGAACCACAAUGAGUCCUUACAGCAGCUGGGCCGGGCAUUGCACGGCCUGGAGAGGGACAUCAGGGAUCUGCAGGGCCACUCCCAGUCGACAGACAGCACAGUGGAGCAGCUGGGGGACCGUGUCUCUGCCCUGAACCGAUCGUCCCAGAGGAACAUGAGUGGGCUGAGCAACCAGCUGGCCCAGGCCUCUGUCUCGCUGCACGACCACGACCUACUGCUGAGGAGCGCAGCGGAUCAGGUGGACCAGCUCAAGGAGAGGCUCGAGGAGGUGGGAUGGACGGUGGGCGCGGUCAACCACACAUUCACAAGUGACAUCAGCAUCCAUCACCUGAAGAUCCAGGACCUGCAGGUGCAGAUCAGCAACGUGAGCCAGGACACACGGUACAUGAGGGAGACACAGGUGCAGAUGGAGGAGACGCUGAAGAACGAGGUGGAGAUCCUCAGCACCAUCACAGAGGACCUGAGGCUCAAGGACUGGGAGCACUCCAAUAUCCUCAAGAACAUCACCUUCCUAGAAGGGCCUCCAGGACCAAAGGGUGAGAAGGGCGAUGUGGGGCCACUUGGGGCUCCUGGUGUGGCAGGCCUCACAGGGAUGAGAGGUUUUACAGGAGAAAAAGGCAUCCAGGGACCAAGGGGACUAAAGGGCCCUAGCGGCGCCGAUGGCCUACAGGGGGAGAAAGGGGAUAUGGGACCCGAAGGGCCCAAAGGUGACAGAGGAGACAGAGGACUGAAGGGCGAGAAGGGAGACCGAGGUGACCAUGGUGAAAAAACAGUGGAUGAGACACUGGUGAGGCUGGUGAAUGGAUCAGGCCCUCACGAGGGGCGAGUGGAGGUGUUCCACGAGAGGCGCUGGGGAACAGUGUGUGAUGAUGUCUGGGACAAGAAGGAUGGCGACGUGGUCUGCAGGAUGCUUGGCUACAGAGGAGCCUUCGAGAUUCAUAAAACAGGCCGGUUUGGACAAGGUACUGGGCUCAUUUGGAUGGAUGAUGUGGCCUGUGUUGGGAAUGAGGACACCAUUCACCAGUGCAAGUUCUCAGGCUGGGGUAAGACAAACUGUGGGCACGUGGAGGAUGCGGGGGUGACAUGCAACACCUAACACCCACCAUUUUAACCCCCACCGAGUUCAGUUAGAAACUGCUGAGAUGAAUUGCAGUUGACAGGCAGCGUGAGGUAGAGCAGAAGGGCUGUGUCCUGCUGUCCUUUACCCACCGACCGCUGUGGGCAGCUGAUUUGACAGUUAUGUGCAAACAUGCUUUGAUUCAGACCCCUUAGGGCCUCUUUGAUGGCUAUUGUCCAUGUAAAGUAGGUUUAUCAAUAGCUGAUACUUCUUAGCUGAACUAGAUUCAGUGCCAAAAAUGGACCAACUUAAAUAAUGGUCAGUCACAGAUGUUUGUCAAAUGUUUUGAUAGAUAAAGUGAUUACAAAGAACAGAAAGGGGAACAAAUGCCAUUUUAAAUGGAUGUAUGACUUGGCCCUAGAACGAUUUAUUGGUUUGUGUCUGACAAUUUUACUAUUUCUGCCUGUGGAGCCAAGCAUUGGUUUUUAUCAUCAUGAAUGAGAGCCUCUCUCUCUCUCUCUCUCUCUCUCUCUCUCUCUCUCUCUCUCUCUCACUCUCGUUUUUUGCUUCUCCCUUCAACUGGCUUUAUUUUAAUUUUUUUACGUUAGAGCGUAGCCAAAAAUGCCACCCUCUUCAUCGAUAAUUGCAGGGGCGGUUUAAAGAUUGACGCUUGGUUUAUGUAUGGAAACCAUGACUCUAACGAUGAGUAAGACUAAUUACAGCCUAAGAGGGCUAGUUACAGUUUGGGGAAAAUAAAGUGAAAUGGUCAAACAUGGACAAUGAAUUGAGGUUUCUCACAGGAAAUGAAACAGGGAAAUAUGUAUUAUUGUGUGAAAUAAACAAAACCAACCCCUGAUGUAAGAUACUUUCACAUGUAAAUCACGUGUUGACAUGAUAUGAUGUCUGUAAGAAAAAUAUUUCUGUAGAUGAUCCCUUGCCAAAUAUUGAUUUGUGAUAAGCAAUACAAUGUGCUGAGGUCCUGAGGACUAGGUUUGAUCCACUCUCAGACACAUGAAUCUGGACUAUCUCAGUAUUUCAGCUGGAGCAUUGUAGCAGCUCCCCUCAGAAAUGGUCCUCAACUUUAUCCACUGAGGUUCAUGCUCAGACAAGUGCUAUAGAGGUGUUGCAAUGCACUCGUUUUCUAAGCCAACAGCCAAGGAUAACACCUUACAAUCUCUAUAUAUAUUCACUCAGAUUGAUCAUGCUUCCAUCUUGGGAAAGGUCCUUCAACAGAAAAGAAAGGAGAAAAAAUAUUUUCUACUAAAAAUAUUUUCAUACUAAACAUUUAUUCUGGUUUUGUAGAAAUAGAUAUUCCUACAGUAUGUGAUCAUCGCUAUUAUAAUCCUGUCUCAAAUAUUCAACCAGGGUGCAGUUAGUCUGUGAACAUAACAGAGGUUUUUCUUGCAUGGAUCUUCAACUGUGCUGGAAAUGAAUCACUGUCAUGCAAUGCUGUUUCACAUACAUUUAAGGGAGCAGACUGCACACAUUUGCUUUGUAUAAUAGGGACCACAAACCCAGGUUCCCACUUUUGUAAUUGUUCAUAUACCGUGGAAAUAAUAAAAUAUACAUUUGUUUAUA